UUGGCAAAUGGAAAUCACGGCAUGAUCUGAGGAAGAAAAUGCAUGUUGUGCUCACCAAAAUCUCACUCCAUGGCUUAACCCACCACUGCUAUAAAUAUGCCAGCCUUCCAAACCCAUCAUUGCAUCAGCCUGCAGCCUCUCUUCCUCUCUUCCGCCUGCAUGGCUUGCCUCAUUCCCUUGCUUGUCUUCCUCGUUUUGCGCACCGCUGAUGCGCAGCCCUCGCCAGGAUACCAUCCGAGUUCUUCGGUGAGUCCUAUCAGAUUCUACGAAGGCUACAGCAAUCUCUGGGGGCCUCAGCAUCAGACGAUCUCCCCGGAUCAGUAUUCUACGACCAUUUGGCUCGACACCAGCUCAGGGAGUGGAUUCAAGUCGAAGAACUCUUACCGAAACGGCUACUUCGGUGCUUCGAUCAAGCUCCAAAGCGGCUACACCGCCGGAGUGAACACGGCAUUCUAUCUCUCCAACAAUCAAGCUUACCCUGGGUUCCACGACGAGGUGGACAUCGAGUUCUUGGGGAACAUAGAGGGCAGGCCAUACAUCCUGCAGACGAACGUGUACGUCAGGGGCAGCGGCGAUGGCAGGAUCAUCGGCAGGGAGAUGCGGUUCCACCUCUGGUUCGAUCCCACCGCCAGCUUCCACCAUUACGCCAUUCUUUGGGACUCCGACGAGAUAAUAUUCCUGGUGGACGAUGUGCCGAUACGGCGAUACGCGAGGAAGGUGGAGGCGACGUUCCCCGACCGGCCCAUGUGGGUGUACGGCUCCAUCUGGGACGCGUCGUCGUGGGCCACCGACAACGGCAAGUACAAGGCGGAUUACCGCUACCAGCCGUUCGUCGCCAAGUACACCGACUUCAAGCUGGGGGGGUGCACCGGGUCGGCGCCGCCGAGCUGCCGCCCGGUGCCGUCGUCGCCCUCGGGCCACGGGCUGAGCCCCCAGCAGUAUGCGGCGAUGCGGUGGGUGCAGAACAACUACAUGGUCUACUACUACUGCGAGGACUCCAGCAGGGACCGUUCUCUCACGCCGGAGUGCUGAAGCCUAGUUUGGGCCCUGUGGUUUGUAUGCUGCUGCUACAAGGAGGAGCCGCCCUGCUACUACUAUAUGAUGUCGGUAGUUGAGGCGUUCGUGGGUGUCAUAGUUUUCGAUACUGAUACAAGUUUGGGUGCUGCCGUGUUCUUUUUCUCUGUCGGUGUUGUAGUCCGUCCAUAUAUUUGGUCAUACUCAUAUUUAUACACAUGUCCAAAGUGUAUCAAAUGAAGGUUGAUGCAGUCAAUAUAAGGGUUAUACUUGUUCUCUC